UUUCUAAGCAAUAAGAUUGACUUACAAUGGUUAUUAUCAUUGUAAAAGAACAUGAAGAAAAAAGUAUGUACGUCUUUUUAAGAUUGAUGUGAGCUCUCCUUAGUCACAGGAUUUUCAGUACUUCCAAUUGAAAGCACAAGAUUACUGUGGUUUUUACUAGAGUUUGGCUAAGCGCACACACAUGAUCUCCUCCAGGUGUGGCCGAACAUGCCAACCUGGCAAGUAUGUGGGAUAUCCAAGCCAUGCAUCUUGUUGGAACCACCCAUUAGAUAGCCUGGCCUAAAGUAUUGUGUUCAGCUCAUCCCUCACAUGUAAACAAAUGUUUAAAACAACCUCCCCGACACUCCACAUUCAAUGACAUGUGUGGCCCACCCGCCAAGUGGGCCAACCUGAUUUUUGGUCCAGGCCAUCAACCUGGUGGGGCCCAAGUGAUGAAUGCAUCAGAUAUCUUGCGCAUGUGCCAUAUUGGCGCGUUAACUCACCGGAGUAUGGAAGUGCCUGCAUGCUUUGCAAAAUUCUGGCUAAUUAAUAGGUUUGGUUGAAGGGUCAUUUUCAUUAUCUUAUUGCAUAAGCAACAUGCUUUUGUAAGUCUAAGAAGCCAGCUCAAAAGCUGUCCUCUAGAAAUCAAAGGACAUGACUGUUAUAAAUAUAAAAGAUAUGCUGACUCAGUGCUACGCAAUCGAUGUUAGACAUGACAAUGAUUCUUGGUUCUUGUCGCUCACCCAAUUGAAUUGAUUAUUCAGCUUCCUUGGAAACAUUUGCAGAAGGGUUUGGCAUGUCUUAGCUUCAUUAAAAAAAAAAUAAAAAAUACUAAGAUAAAAGAAGAUCAAAAAAUGAUAUGUCUUGAUGAGUUACAUAAGGGGAUUUUCUGAAAGAUGUUAGAGAUUCCAUUGAUAGUUGCAAAAAGGUAUAGCAUCUGCUUCAAUUCAUCAGAGUAACAAAAGGAAGCAGUGUAGUAGUUUGUGGCCGAGUAUCAGCUAGCCCUGGCCCAAAAAUAGGCUUGUCAACUCAUCAGGCUGUCGACAUGGUGGAACCCACUUGACACAUUGCUCUAAUGUCCCACACGUGUUGGGUUAGCACGUGUUAUUGGUGCACUGAUCUUAUUUUAACUAGGGUUUAUCUAUAUCAUUUUUGCUUCUUGGAGACAUUAAAAAAACAACAGAAACCACACAAUUGAGCAGUUAGAUCGGUUGCAAGCGCUUUGAAAAGCUAUCUGUGCUGGCAUUGCUACCUUUCUCCUUUCUUUUUCGAAUUCAUGGCAUUGCCUUUAUUCCUGAUGACCUGAAGAUGACUCUGCAGCAAUAAAGUUGCGUAUCUAGACCGACGAUAUUCCUUUGUAUGGAUUUACAAAUUCCAAGGUUGCAUCGCCAUUAAAAAGGCCUAUCUCGCCUUCUGUUUCAGGCAAGAAAAUCUUCGACUUGCACUUGAAAGAAGCUCAGAUAAAAGCUCAAUCCGAUAUGAUGAACCCAAUUCAAGACCAUGUUAUUGGAAUUCCAAUGAGUUCAGUUACACACGCAGUUGAGAAAUCGCCAGAGAGACCAAAUUCAGUUCCUGAACCUGCUAGCACAUUCCUUGUCCGCCCUCCUUCAAAUGGGUCUUUUCAAUUCAAACAGAAUAAGGUUGAAUCAGUCAUCGACUGGAUGAACAAAUUCAGCAAACGAGCUGACAGAUUCACAAAAGGUGUCCGUGAACAUGUGAGGCUGGCACCAAAGAUCUCCGAAACUGUGAAGGGCAAGUUGAGUUUGGGGGCUCGGAUUCUUCAAGUUGGUGGAGUGGAGAAAGUGUUCAGACAGAUUUUCAGCGUUGGGGAUGGAGAGAAGCUGCUCAAGGCUUGUCAAUGCUACCUGUCUACCACAGCGGGUCCCAUUGCAGGGCUGCUGUUCAUCUCUACAGAAAAGAUUGCAUUUUGCAGCGAACGAUCUCUCACAUUCACUUCUCCUAACGGAAGAUUGGUUAGGACUCCCUACAAGGUGUUGAUUCCAUUGAGAAAGAUAGAUGGAGCCAACCCAAGUGAGAAUAUGAAUAGGCCCACCCAAAAGUACAUACACAUAGUUACCGUGGAUAACUUCGAGUUCUGGUUUAUGGGUUUUGUUAAUUAUCAGAAAGCCUUCAAGCAUCUCCAAAAGGCCAUAUCCCAAUCUUCCAUGUAUUAUCCUCAAUGAGAAGAAGAAGAAAAGGAGGAGAGGAUGAAAUCAUCCCUCUUUGUUUCUUUGAUGUGUAUAUGUGUAAUUGAUGGAAAAAUCCAUGAGUUAAAAUUUCUUUUAUUUUGCCUUAA